UGUCUAUAAAUGAAGCCGUUACAUUGUGUCUGCGCCUUUGAUACUCCCACUUCGUCUCUUUCUCUCCCAUCUCCUACACACAUUCCACCUUCUUCCUCCACUUUCAGAUCCAAAAACACACACAGACUGUGUGAGGAUUUCAUAAUUCAACUCAGAACGGAGGAAGGACACUGUGUGUAUCGGCAAUGGAGGCGCCUAAAAACCCGAUCUCUCUGUGGUCCUUUCUGUUACCAAUGCUGUUGCUUGUUGGAGUCGUUGCAGCUCUUGGCAACACCUCAAAACCUAGGAAUAUCGAGAUAGAAGAGUUGCCGAGCUUCAACGACUCAUCAAUGGCUGCUAGAAUCAAGAAAAUUGAAACUUUGAACGAAAAGGCAGUUCAAAAUCCGGAGGAGGUAGUCGCCAUGGUUGAAAUGAGCAUCAAAAACAACACAAAUAGAAGAAAACUAGGGUACUUUUCAUGCGGAACCGGUAACCCCAUCGACGACUGCUGGCGGUGUGACCGUAACUGGCAACGUAACCGCAAGCGACUCGCAGACUGCGGUAUCGGUUUCGGCCGUAACGCAAUUGGCGGUCGUGACGGCCGUUACUACGUUGUGACAGACUCCAGUGACAAUGACCCAAUCAACCCACGACCUGGCACCCUGCGCCACGCUGUCAUCCAAGAUGCGCCACUUUGGAUCGUUUUUAAACGUGACAUGGUGAUUAAGUUGAAACAAGAACUUAUUAUGAAUAGUUUUAAGACGAUUGAUGCUCGUGGAGUUAACGUGCAUAUUGCGAAUGGAGCUUGUCUUACGAUACAGUUCGUUACAAAUAUUAUUGUUCAUGGGUUGCAUAUACAUGACUGUCGACCGACUGGGAACGCGUUGGUUAGAAGCUCGCCUGAGCAUUAUGGAUGGCGGACUAUGGCGGAUGGUGAUGCGAUAUCGAUAUUUGGUUCGAGUCAUAUUUGGAUUGAUCAUAAUUCGUUGUCGAACUGUGCGGAUGGACUUGUGGAUGCGGUUAUGGGUUCUACUGCUAUCACGAUUUCGAAUAAUUACUUCACUCAUCAUAACGAGGUGAUAUUUGUUGGGACAUAG